ACCGAUUCCGAAUCCAAAUCAACAAUGAAAGGCGGCACAGUCCAGAUCAACUGGCACGACUCCAAGCCCGUCCUAACCCUAGAUUUCCACCCCAAUUCCGCCACUCUCGCCACCGGCGGCGCCGAUUACGACAUCAAGCUUUGGUUGAUAAGUUCCGGGGAAAAGCUCCCAUCGGUGUCGUAUCAUAAUAGCCUUUCGUACCAUAGUUCCGCUGUUAAUGUCCUCCGGUUUGCUCCUUCUGGAGAACUACUUGCCUCUGGUGCAGAUGGAGGUGAGCUGAUUAUAUGGAAGUUGCAUGCAACAGAAAAUGGUCAAACGUGGAAGGUCCUUAAGACAUUAUCAUUUCACCGGAAAGACGUGUUGGACCUCGAGUGGUCUACUGAUGGUUUAUUUCUCAUCUCCGGUUCAGUUGAUAAUUCAUGCAUCAUAUGGGAUGUUAACAAAGGUUCAGUCCAUCAGAUUUUGGAUUCCCAUUUCCAUUAUGUUCAAGGUGUGGCAUGGGACCCAUUAGCCAAGUAUGUUGCCUCCCUCAGUUCAGAUAGAACUUGUCGCAUUUACCUUAAAAAAGCUCAAACAAAGACCAAAGGCACCGAUAAGACAAAUUAUAUAUGUCAACAUGUUAUAUCAAAGGCCGAAAACCCAUCAUCAGAUGAUUCCAAGUCUGCAAAAAACCAUCUCUUUCACGAUGAGACACUGCCAUCUUUUUUCCGGAGAUUAGCAUGGUCACCUGAUGGAUCAUUUCUACUUGUUCCAGCAGGUUCGUACAAAGUAUCACCUGCAACAGAAACAAUAAAUACUGCUUAUGUAUUUUCAAGAAAGGACCUUUCAAGGCCUGCUUUACACCUCCCUUGUGCCAACAAAGCAAUAGUAGCAGUUCGAUUCUGCCCUUUGACUUUUAGACUGCGGGAAACAAAUCCAUCGGGAUUCUUUAAGCUUCCCCAUCGUAUAGUUUUUGCGGUGCCACUUUUGGAUUCUCUUUACAUUUAUGACACACAGAGUGUUGCUCCAAUUGCAAUUUUGGCUGGUCUUCAUUAUGCAGCCAUAACAGACAUUACAUGGUCACCUGAUGCCCGUUUUCUAGCACUUUCUUCCCAAGAUGGUUACUGCACUAUAGUGGAAUUUGAAAAUGAUGAACUGGGAUCACCCACAGAAGAGAAAGUCUUUGGUGAAGAGGAGGAAAGCUCGGUAAAGAAACCAGAGGGCAUGUUAAUUGAAACUACUACAGAAAAUAGUCUUGUUGCAACUAAAGUCAAUAAUGAAGAGAACAAAAUCUCAGUUAAGAAGCCAGAGGAUAAGGUAAUUGACACUGCUCCAAAUAAAAGUCUUGUUGCAGUGGAAAAUGAAAUAACAGAAGCAGAAAGAAAUAAGCAAACAGGAGCAGAAAAGGAAGUAAUUGGUGAUGACAGAAGCACUGCUGAGAAGCCAGAGGACAUGGUAAUUGACACUGCCUCAAACGAUAGUCUUGCAGCCAAUAUUGAAAUAUCAGAAGCAGAAGCGAGUGAAAAGAAAGUCUUGGGAGAUGACAGUAGUACAGUUCAGAAGCCAGAGGACAUGGUAACUGAAACUUCAGCAAAUGAUAGUCUUGUAGAACUAAACGACAGCAAAAAAGAAUCAUCAAGCACAGUGACAACGCCUACUGUAAAUAAGCCUACUAAAAGGCGCAUUACACCCAUGGCUAUUGACCCGUAGUAUCUGUCACUCUCACCUCUGUAAAUUUUGUUGUAGUCAUUUUU